AUGGUGCCAGUGCGUCUUGCCGGGAGGAGUUUGAAUCGUUUCCCUGGCUAUAUAAGACCCACCUGGGGCUCGCUUAGGUCCCCCAUCUUCUCUCUCCUCUACCACCACCAUCUCCUCCCUCCCCUCCCCUCCCCUCCCCUCCCCUCCCCUCCCUCCCGGACCCGGACCCAAGGCCGCCCAAUCAAGACCGGUGUCAAGACUCAACAUCAACUACCAAGACCUCAAGCCGGGACCGUAUCGGAUUGGGAUCGCUCGCGACGCGAUCGACAGGCCAUGGGUGUCACGGGGAUGUGCGCAGAGUCGCGCUGCGGCCUCAAGAACCUCGAGGGAUAUACGGCAUCCCGGACACAAUACCCUAUUAACCCCUCAUUAAAGGACAUGCCGGCCAGCGUCGUGCAUUGUCCUGGGGAUGGUCCAAUCUUUCAUUUGCUAGACACCCUUCGGGGUGUCACUUUCUCUUCGAGGCUAGUCCUCUCAUUAUGUCCCCUGACGCCCCGCUCGUUGGGGUUCUCUCCCCCAGAUCGGCACGAGCUCCGUGUCCUGCAUCUAUGGCCUUCGAAUGACCCUGACAUGGGCAAGGCGGAGAGAGAGAGAGCCUUUUGGACUGGAUUAUUGAGCGGACUCCCUUCUGGACACGGCGACAUCGACAUCGACCUCACGACCGAGCUCAAGCACGACUUCAACAUCGACCUCACGAGCGAGAUCAAGCACGACGUCGACACCGAGCUCCAACGAGCUUCAAUACCGGUCCCCUGGGAGAGCACGCUCGCAUGGAGUGGUGUCCGACACAAACUCAUAGUGUCUCGAGAAACAUUUAUUGAUCAGGGCUCUAGUACCUCUUCGGAGGGAAGCCAACAGACGCUUACUAACAGGACGGUGUGUGUCAGUAAGCUCAAGACGAUCGACUCCCUGAGCAUCAACACUCGGGCACGACGACGGGUCUGGUCGACGACUCCAAUCAAGCACGACAUCAACACUGGGCGGCGGGAUCUGGGGUAUCUUGGGCUGGGUCUGCUGGGUCUCCUGUAUCUGCUAGGUCUCUUCCUGCUAGGCGACAUCGACCUCACGACCGAGAUCAAGCACGACAUCGACACCGUGCCCCAAUACCUCAGAGCCCGCUCCUCUGGGGGAAGCCAACAGACGCUACUAACGGGUGAGUGGCUUGACCCUUCGAUCCACUUCACUCGUAUAUUCCCUUUAUGGCCUUCGAAUGACCCCAACAUGGGCAAGGCGGAGAGAGAGAGUCUCCUGGAUUGGAUUACUCAGUGA